AUGUCUAUACCCUCACUAGAGGCUCAACUAGAUCGCGAAAUCAACAUAAUUAUCAAAGCUCAAUCGGAUACUGCUAUAUCCGAGGCCCAGCGAGAGAUUGAAGCCAAUCAUGCCUACAUUAACGAGACACAACUCAAGAAUCUGUUGGAUCUACAUGACAAUGUCUUCCAAAACCAGUGUGUUCUGCCGUUGCAAAAACUGUACCAGAAGUACAGUCAGAUGAGUCUGCAAGAAGGCGACGUCCAAAACUGGGCAGAAUUGGUGGAUCGCGACCUGAGGGUCCUGGAGGCCACAGUUGACAAAGUACGAAGCAAUAGACAGGAGAAUUGA